AUGGGCUUUACGCCUGAUCUGAGAUUAAGUACUGUUCCAAUCCUGGCUCCACUUAAUAGUCAUGUGACUCUACACAAAUUUGGGAGGGAGGGGGCGGGUGGGGAGAGAAGCAGCAGAGUCACUUCACCGACCAGACGCUGCGGCCACCGCCGACGCCGCCGCCAUUUUAAUAGAGCGUUCGGGCUGCGCUCGGCUGUUUCCGUCCAGGCGAAGAAGCGGACGAGAAGCGCCUCGCGCUCUCAUUCCUCCGCCUCCCGCCCUCUCUUCGCCUCCCGCCCUCCCACCUCUCCCUCCGCACACACGCCGCACUCUCCACACCCCGCCGCGGCCAGCUCGCCGCCCUCCCUUUCCUCUUCCGCCCGGCCUCCCCGCCCUCGGUCCACCCCCUCCGCGCGCUCGCCCACCCCGCCCAGCCCGGAUCUCUGUCAGCGGCCGGAAGGGAAACGCGAAGCCAGCGCGGCCGCGGGGGGAGUCCGGGUGGCAGCUGAGAGACCUUGGUCACAGGAAGGAAAGCCCCAAGAAAUACUGGUUACUGAUUUAAAACCAAUCAUGGGGGGUCGGCCAAAUGGCGCGAUGGUUAAGAGCUGGCUUGGGAUGCCAGAGGGCCCCGGCUUGGAUCCCACGUAUCAGGGCCAGUGACA